GGAUCUGAAUAUUGUAAGAGGUUCAGAUUGCUGCUAUGGAUUUUCACGCUGUUUACAUUACAUGUCUGUUCUCUCUGAUUGCACUCACGUGCGCUGAACCUGUGAAAUUUGUGGAUUGCGGGUCUGCUGUUGGUAAGGUUGUGAUUGUUGACAUUAACCCAUGUCCUACUCAACCAUGCCAGCUCCAUAAAGGACUGUCAUACGGUGUAAAUGUGACAUUCAGCAGUGUGGUUGAGAGCAAGACAAGCACAGCAGUUGUCCAUGGUUUGAUUGCUGGUGUUCCCAUUCCAUUCCCCAUUCCCAUUGAAGACGGCUGCAAGUCUGGGAUUCAGUGCCCAAUCCAGAAGGAACAUAGCUAUCACUAUGUGAAUCAGCUUCCAGUGAAGUCUGAAUACCCCUCUAUCAAGUUGAUCGUUGAAUGGGAACUAAGAGAUGACAAUUCCAAGGACUUUUUCUGCAUUAAGUUCCCUGUCCAGAUUGUAAACUGAGUUGUAUGCAGUAUGAUCUGAAGGAUUUUUUAUUUUAUUUUUUAAAAAGGGAUUCUAAUGUGAAAAAUAAGCAUUUGAUACAAAAUGUAAUAAUUUUAAGAAUUAAGGUUUUAAUUACUGAUUUUGUAGGUUUUACAUUAGCUUUCUCAGUUGUUUUACAACUUUUAACAUCCAGUGCAGGCAUUUUGGAAUGUUAGGAUUAACUGCAUAAAAGUAGGAUGUUUCACCAAAUAAGUACCUUAACUUUGAUAGGUGCUUAUUUUUCCUAUUCCAUGUACAAUUGUGUGUGUGUGUAUAGGCAUGUGAUGUUUUACUUUUUUUGCCAUGGACUUGAUUGGACAUAGCGCCUGUCUCUAAGAUGUGAGAACAUGGGCCGCACUGUUAAGUGAUUUGAAAGUGGUAAAUUUUCUUUAACAAAUAUUUUGGUAAUAUAAUAAUGUUGUUGUUCUGUUCACUGAACUUGUAAACUUUCAACCAAAUAAAAGCACAUAACAACUGCC